GAGACGUCGUCGUUUGGGGUGAGAGUAAUUUCCAAAAAGUUAAACGAAGAAACGUUCAAGUUGUGACAGAGAAUAUCUCGGUCGUCUUUUUUGUUGUUGUUAAUGUUGUUGUAUCCGAUCCGACGAGGCUCUUCUUCUUCGCCGAUUAGAUCCCCUUGGAGAACCCAGAGACUCUCUUGGAGAGUGCGAGAUAGUUAAUCGAUGAUGUUGCAGUCGCAUUCGAGGUUUCUCCUUCAGACGCUCUUGACGCGUGCUCAGAAUCUUGAUAAAGCAGUGGAGCUAGAUUAUCAAUGGAUCGAAUUCGAUGAUGUUCGUUACCAUGUUCAGGUGACAAUUAAGAAUCCAAACAUAUUGUUGCUAUCGGUUUCGUUACCAAACCCACCACCUGAAGCAAUGUCCUUCGAUGGACUUCCAUUGGGAGCUAUCGAAGCUAUCAAAACCACUUACGGGACGGGGUUUCAGAUCCUCGACCCUCCUAGAGAUGGUUUUAGUCUUACCCUCAAGCUCAACUUCUCUAAAGUUCGUCCAGAUGAAGCGUUCAGAAACUCGUUAUUAACGAAGCUAGCUUCCAUUAGGGAAGUGGUGAUGGGUGCGCCGUUAAAGAUCAUUUUGAAACAUCUAGCUUCAAGGACGGUUGCCCCUGAGCUGGAUAGGCUUGUAGCAAUCAUGCAUAGACCUAACGAGACAUUUUUCCUCGUGCCUCAGGCUGAUAAAGUCACAGUGGCUUUUCCUAUGAGAUUUAAAGAUUCUGUAGACACAAUUCUUGCGACUUCUUUCUUAAAGCAAUUUGUAGAGGCGAGGCGUGCGGCUUCGCUUAGUAGUGCUCCUUCUUGCUCUUGGUCUCCAACCGCACCCCAGGAACUGGAAGGAGCUCCUAAAGAAACACUAUCUGCUAAUGCCGGUUUUGUAACUUUUGUCAUAAUGCCUCGGCAUGUGGAGGGAGAAAAGCUUGAUCGUACUGUAUGGAAUUUGUCAACCUUUCAUGCUUAUGUUAGUUACCACGUCAAGUGCUCAGAGGGUUUUAUGCACACCAGGAUGCGGCGUCGCGUGGAGUCUAUGAUUCAGGCUCUAGAUCAAGCUAAGCCAUUGGAGAAAACAAGAUCCAUGAACAACAAGUCAUUUAAACGGCUAGGACUCAACGAUGCCAACCACACCACUUCCAACUAGUUCAAUCUCUCACGAAGCAAUUUUGUAAAACCUUGCGAGUAGCUGUUAAAGACAUGUUUUUCUUACCACUGAAUUCAAUCUCUAUGAUAUAAGUACUUAUUUUUUUUAUCUUUUUUUUCAGAAUGGUUCUUUAGUAUAAUUCUUUAAGAUAUUUUUGAUCAAAUGUAUGAUUCCUAAACUGUAACAAAUUCGCAUAGGAGCAAAUCAUAGAGGAUCUUCUAGGUUUUGUAAUAAUCAUUGUGGUUCCACAAAAGCUUGUUCGUUUAUGUUCUUUAUGCAAGAACAAGAAAAAUAUUCUGAUCGAAUCUU